CUAUGUUUAUAAUAAAAAAUUUUUAUUUAAAUUGAAAGAAUAACAAACUAGACAAAAAUAUCCUUUAAAAUAACAAAAAAAAACACAUUAAAUUAAAAUGUGUUGUUUAAAAUUAGUGAUAAAUUUGGCAAUAAUUGUAGUAUUUUUUACACCCUCCCUUAAUGGUUUAGUUAACUCUCCUAAAAUUAUUUCCAAAGAUGGUCAUUUAAUUUUCGAAUCUGGUUUAGAUCGCAAUAUAACAUUUGUACUUAAAGGAAAAUCUCGUUUAAAUAUCAAUGAUGAAUAUGAUAUUAUUGAUUUAUUGCUGCAAUCUAAAAAGGGGCGUCUCUCGCCUGAGCUAGCUUCACAAACCGAAUGGACUGAGGAAGAGGAUGCCAUACUAAAGCAAUUAAUGGCAGAUGUUACCUCGUUAAAGACUCGUGUUUUUGGUCCUACUGGUUUAGAGUUUCGCUAUCGUGUGUUACAAAAUCGUACCAGAAGUGCUAAUCAGCUAUUGAGACGUUAUAAGAUUCGCAUGCAAAGAGUAGAGACGCGAGUACAAUCGUUGUAUGAUAUUUUAGAAACCGAUAAUUGUAAAAGUAAUCCCUGUCAGAAUGCUGGCACUUGUUUGAAUAUUUUUGGUAGCUACGCCUGUAAGUGUCCAAAGAAUUUUGAGGUGAGUUCUAAUUGA